UACGAGGGCCAGUCCAGGGGCAGCCAGCAGAGAGAAUGAUGGGCUGCGCUGGCUGGGGAUGGGGUUCACGAAGCGAUGACGCCGCUUCUGCAAAAUGGCAUGUCAUUAACAUAGCCUGAUCCACGAGCAGGAAAAAUGUCCGAAAGCCGGUCGUGUUCAAAGCAGAUUCGAUGGUAAUCUAAAUGACCCUAAAUAAUGGCUGCUCCAAGUCCGAAGAAAAAGAUCGAAUGCGACAUCAGUAUCGACGACCCAGUCAGUUCAGCAACGUCGGAUAGUGAGCUUGGUGAUGAAGAUUUAGAUUUGGAGUUCAAUGGACAUUUAACCCUGCAGAGUCCAACAGAUGAUGAUGGUACCCUUAUCGGGGUGCGUUCGGGCAUUGGAUUCACAGGUAGUGUCCAUAGUCGGCAAGAACACCUCCAACCCAACAAGUUCCUUCCUGGAAGGACGAUCUUUGAGGUUGUCUCGGCCAAGACGAUGAAAGAUGGCUACAAGAAAUUUGUGCUGUACAGCAUUGCAGUGCUACGGACCAUAGGAACAGACACAUCUCAGGCUAUCAUCGAAAGGCGAUAUUCAGAAUUUCAUGAGUUGAACAGCGCCCUUAAGAAGCGUUUUCCCCAUGCCAUGGAGUCUGUGGUCUUCCCCAAGAAGGCAGUCACCGGAAACUACAAGCACCAGUUCAUCGCGGAGCGCAGUAGGGCCUUUGAACAGUACCUUAGCCACACCUUCCAGAAUGACGAAAUCCGCAUGAGUGUGGAGUUCCAGGAAUUCUUUUACAACCAGGACCUGAGGCGCGCCUACAGGUACAUGUCCAAGAAGAACUUUGAGGAAGCGUUGCCUCUCCUACAGAAUGCUCUCCACCUCCAAGAGAAGAUGAUCGGGGAAAAGCACCCUGAUACAAUCCGAACAUCCUGUGCAAUCAUAGUGGUUUAUCUAUCUCGCCUGGAGAGCCAACCCCACGUGCUUGGCUAUGCUGAGAAGGCGCUGUCGGACAUUGGUGAUGAUGAAACCAACCCGUUCUUGAUCCCCCUCCUACAGACAUUGAUUGGGGUCAGGUGGAGACUCCAAAAAGACAAGAGAGACUUGGAAGUCAGGCUGUCCCGCUAUGUCAAGCCUGGACUAGGGGGAGGUGAUAUGCCCACACUAGAGGAAUUAGUCAUGCAAAGUCUAUCUCAUUUAUGAAGUUCUGCCAUUUUCAUUGUCAUUAAUUGCAUUUUUUAUCUUGUAUAUUAUGAUGUACAACAGUAGAGUUGGUCAGUAAGACAAGUUUUAUGCUUUCCAUGUGUAUGUGUACUGUUAUUUAGUUGAGACAUGUCUGUGAUAUUUUUUUGUAGAGAACAGGGGCUGUUAACAUAGAAGAGAUAUGUUGGAUCUUUAUAU